GUGCUGCCUUGAGUGAGGCAAAAAGUAAUCUACUCGGCGGCGCAGCCUCGUGAGGGGAGAUGGGUAUAUAAUUUCAUGAGUUUCUUCAUUUCUGGUAUUCAUCUUGAAUUCUAUGUACUGAAAAGGCUGCAACUCGAUUUUUACAUUCAAAAUAACUCAGAUACUUGAAAAUGGUCAGUUUUCACAGAGAAAUUUUCGACAACUGGACAAGUCAGCAUGCAGCUCAGACUGCAUCCAUUCCACUCAUGCUUUUCGAGCGUCUCAAGUCACACUAUAUAUUUUCCCAAGUCGUACAAACUAGUUUCGACCAAUGCGAUCUCAUAGGUUACGCUGAUGCUGGCUUUGCUAAGCGCAACGAUAAAGAUGAGGAUGAUAAUGAGGAUCUUGAAGAUUCCGCAGAUGAUGAAGACGCUAACUGGACCGUCCGCAAAUACCAUGCAUCCGGAUCUCGUCUUGACAACAAGCCAAAGACGGUUGUCGAACAGGUCAAGUUCCGCAGGUGGUUUUAUACGUGGGAGAACAUGAAAUACAUUGUUUAUCGAGCACAAUACGACGAUCCUAAGGGGUUCAGCACUUUGAAGUUGCAGUUUAUCCUUUCAGAUAAAGAAGAUGACCCCUCUGCCCGGGGCAUCGAUGCUUUGAUUCUAGCCGCCAGUGCCUGGACCAUUGAACUUCACGAAGAAAUAUACGUCUUUGAUAGUCAACAAUGGGUCAAAGACAAGAAUCUUUACGAAUCUGUCCAAGGCUCCUCGUGGGACGAAGUCAUUCUCAACAAAGCGUUGAAAGCCAAUCUUAUCGCUGACGUGGAGAGCUUCUUUGAUAAUCAGGCUUUGUAUAAGAAGCUUACUGUGCCUUGGAAACGUGGGAUCAUUUUGCAUGGUGUACCAGGAAAUGGCAAAACCAUCUCCAUCAAAGCCCUCAUGUCAACUCUCUCCUCCCGUCCUUCCCCGAUUCCCUCACUCUAUGUCAAAUCCUUUGACGGCGAAUGCCACGGCCCAAAAUGGGCCAUCUCAUCUAUCUUCCAAAAAGCCCGCAAAAUGGCUCCCUGUCUCCUCAUCUUUGAAGAUCUUGAUUCCCUCGUCACCGAGAAAACUCGUUCGUACUUUCUAAACGAAGUAGAUGGACUAGAGUCCAAUGAUGGAAUCCUAAUGAUCGGCAGCACGAAUCAUUUGGGAAAGUUAGACUCGAGUAUUAGCAAGAGACCGAGCAGACUUGAUCGGAAGUACUGUUUUAGAGUUCCGAAUGAAGAAGAGCGGAGAGCGUAUGUGGAAUUUUGGAGGGGAAAGUUGGGAGGGGAUGGAGGGGAUAUGGUGGAACUUGGAGAGGAGUUAUGUUCGCUUGUUGCCAAGAUGACGGAGGGAUUCAGUUUUGCUUAUUUGAAAGAGCUGUUUAUUGUUACGCUGUUGAGUAUUACGAGGAGUGCUACGGGAGCACAUGAUGAUGGUGCUCAGGAGGAGGAGAGUGAGAGUUACACGACUGCUUCUACAUCUACACCUACGGAUGAUGGGGUAGUAAUUGAGAGAGACGAUAGCAUGGAAGGCGUUCUUCGCGAUUCCCAACCCACUAGUGGCACCGAGGAAACAGCUGAGAAGACCGAGCCUCAGAAGACUCUCCCAAAAGUGGAUAUUCCUGCGCAUCUCACAGAUAACGUUUUUCUCAAAGCACUCAUGGUGCAAGCGAAGAUGCUCGUAGAGGAAAUGGAUAAUACGGAUGAACUUAUGGGGGCGGAGAAGGUUCCUGCUUCGAAUGGGAUGGGUGGUCCGAUGCCCAUAGGAAUGGCAAGGGCGAGGAUGGGGAUGGGUAUGGGUAUGUGUUGA